CAAAUUCACCAAAGAAAUGUUCUGGUCAAGCAUGCAAGAAGAAUUUACGCUUUGAUACUGUAAAUGGCGCAGAUGUAUGUCAGAGUGAUAACGGAGCGCCAGUCUUUUGCAAAAUUGAAAGCAAAUGGCUUUUUACAGGGGUGUCCGUUGUGAAGAAAGGCUGUCAAAAGAAGGAUAUUUUGAUUGUUACACUAUCGCACUUUAGUCGGUCCAUAUCAAAGGCCCUCAAAGAAGAACAGGAGACAUGUGUAAAUCCGGAUUGUGUCCUUGCAGCUGCGAAGCUAAUGAAAUCAAUAGAUACAGAUAUUGAUCCGUGCGAUAAUUUCUAUAAGUUUGCCUGUGGCAAGUAUAUCAAAAUGACCCCAAUUCCAGUGGACAAACAGUUGCACACAACUUUAGCUGAUAUACAAAUAGAUAUACGCAUGAUUGUGAAAUAUAAAUUAGAAGAGCCGAGUAAAUCAGGUGAAAUUGAAGCUGUAACCAAAGCGAAGGGAUUUUAUGAAGCCUGCAUGAACACAGAGGCAAUUGAAAGAGAUGGAAAUGUUCCCUUGCAUAAACUAAUGGAAGACUUAGGAGGUCUUCCAGUGUUGGGAUCAGCAUCAGGUGGAAAAUGGAAUCAAAAUGCUUACUCUUUCGAGGAUCUCAUCGUCACGUCUUUUCGAGUGACAGAUUCCGUACCGAUACUUUAUGUUCAUUUAGAUGAUGUUCGUUUGGUCGGCCAAGAAAAAUACCGUCUUAACUUUGAUCAACCGAGUCUGAAUCUACCCCGACAACUUUAUCUUCAAGGAAAGGAAGACCCGGCUUUAUUGGCACUCAAAACGUAUUACUUAGAGCUAUUUCAAGCGUUUGGGGCAAAUGAAUCCGCAGCUGCAGAAUUCGCUGAAAAUACCUUAGAUCUUGAAAUUGACCUUGCAAACAUAAGUUCGGACGAUCCGUACAAAUCGUCGGUUAUAAAAAUUGUUCCCGUCAGCAGCCUUCAGGAAUUUGGAGCCACGGUGAAUUUUUCGCAAAUUGUUGAGGGUAUUUAUCAAGUUGGUGGAUUUUCCUUGCAAGCUUCUGAUGUAGUCACCAUAUUUUCAAUUGACUAUUUCAAAAACACCGCCACUGUGCUCAAUAAACACUCAAACAGUGUUAUUGCUAAUUAUAUUGUGACCAAGGUUGUUAUGACACAAGUUAACUUUCUGCCACAAAUCUAUACAGAUAUUACUGAGCGAUUUCUAGCAGCUACUGGACAGGCCAUUAACUCUGCCACAACUAGACUUGAAUAUUGUGUUAAUAUGUUGAGAGAUAGGAUGCCUGACGUUAUAACUCGACUCUUCGCAAAGGAAGCCUUUCUUGAAAAAGACCGACGUUACGCAAGACAUUACAUUUAUCAUUUUUCUCAAUUAUUAGCAAAAAAUGUGUUUUUUACAAGAAAUACGUAAUAGAGUUAAGUA